CGACAACGCUCAUUCAGAAGGAUGUGCAGGUGCCAUUGGCACACACGCUCAGCGGGCCGCAGGCCUCGGAAGAACAGCAGCGGCAACAGGUGACGGGCGAGGCUCCAACAUGGGCCCCGCCUCUACGUUAGCUCGGCGGCAAGCUGCUGUUCUCCGAAGCCCACGUCGCGCAAAGCAGCCGGAGGAGGAGGAGCAGCGGCGGUACGGAAAGACCUGGCUGCUUGCCGGGAGUUGAAGCCACGCAGGGCAGCCACCGCCAUGAAUUCCAACCGCACGGAGAGCGACUGGCAGGGACUGGUGAGCGAGUAUUUGGUAUGCAAGAGGAAGCUAGAAAGUAAGAAGGAAGCACUACUAAUCCUUUCCAAGGAGCUGGACACAUGUCAACAGGAAAGGGACCAGUACAAGCUUAUGGCUAAUCAACUACGAGAAAAGCACCAGUCACUGAAAAAGAAAUACCUGGAGCUGAUUGAUGGGGACCCAUCUCUUCCUCCUGAAAAAAGAAGACAGGCUAAUCUUGCCCAACUCCUGAAUCAUUCUCGGAAUCAAAAUAAGCAUCUGGGAGAUGAAAUCAAAGAACUUCAGCAGAGACUGGGAGAAGUCCAAGGAGACAACAAGCUCCUUAGGAUGACAAUAGCUAAACAGAGGCUUGGAGAUGAGGAGGUUGGGGCACGCCACUUUGCAUCACAUGAGCGUGAAGACCUCGUCCAGCAAUUGGAGAAAGCACGAGAACAAAUUGAGACUCUGCAGCAUGAUCUUCAAGCAGCAUUGGAUGAACUACAGGAUGUAAAAGAGGAGCGCUCUUUUUACCAAGAUAAGUCUGACAGAUUAAACCAAGAGCUUAACUAUGUUCUUGGGGGGCAUGUAAACCGCAUUAUCGACAUCGAUGCUCUUUGUAUGGAGAACAGAUACCUUCAUGAGCGAUUAAAGCAAAUUCAAGAAGAGGUCAACAUUCUCAAAUCAAAUAUUGUGAAGUAUAAGAAUGCACUAGAGAGAAGGAAAAAUUCCAAACCUCACAGCAAGUCAAAUAGCAGCGCACUAACUGGAGUCCUUUCUGCAAAGCAAGUCCAAGAGCUGUUAUCAGAGGAUCAUGGGUGUAGCCUACCUGCCACACCACAGUCCAUUUCUGAUCUUAAAUCUUUGGCUACUGCUUUACUAGAGACAAUCCACGAGAAAAACAUGGUCAUUCAGCAUCAGAGGCAAACCAACAAAAUCUUAGGCAAUCGUGUAGCAGAGCUGGAAAAAAAGUUGAGGACUUUAGAAGUCUCUGGUUUGUGGAGUCUUCCAGGUGGCAAAGAUACCAUUACGUUCAGUGAUCCCACUAUGCCUGUUAUCCAGAGGUCUCGAUCACCAUUGCUAGUUUUUACAGAUAAACCUCAGCAGAAAACAGAAGGAGAACAAACCAGGGAACUGGAGGCGAUGUGUGCCAUUAAAACAGAAUUAACACUUCCAGAGGAAACAGCUACAGUUUCUGAUGAUUCCUGCACAAACCAAAGCAAUGGUAACAAAACCAAUCAUUUUCAUCCAUCAUUACCCCGGUUUUCUUCUGAGGAAGAUGAUGCAAAUGGGUUUGGGAAUGAAACCAUUAAGCUGACAGAAGAACAGGCAGCUGCGGAGCUCGAAGGGAGCAAAGCAGCAUGUCUGAGAGAGCUCCAGACACCAGGUCAGACAGGGCUCAGCAGCUUAUCCGAAGGCGAAUCCCCCUUGCCCAGCCCUCAUCCCUUUGACUCCACAGAACCAUCCAUCCUAGAGAAUGAACACACACAUAAGAACCGGGCUGUGGAAGAAGAGACAGGAACCUCAGAAAGUGACAAUCAGAAUGAUGGUGGCAAGAAGGAUGAAAGUGGUGGGACAGUGGACAUUAAAGAUGAUGAAAAGCUAACGCUUUCAACUCCAGACUUAAGUGGUAUUCCACAUAAUAUACCUAUACCUGUGACAGUGAAAGACAGUCUUCCUGAUCUGGACUUAUUGUGACUAUUUUUGACCAUGGCAUUGUUUUCUGAAAGAAUGUGUUCCCAAUCAUCAAGCUUCUCCCAGUUGCCUUCAUAUUUGUUGAAAACGAUUUCCCUCACACACACCCUGCAACCAACACUUUGGUACGUAAACACAAACAAACUAGAGAAAUAUAUAAAAAGGAGCAGGAGUAAAGUGAUGGCUUUCAGAAUUCUGGCUUCUGCUAUUUUCUGUGAUUAACAUUAUUAGAUAGAGUGACAUAACUGAGAAUAAUGGGACUCAUCACUCCAUCGUUAUGCUUUAUCAUGUCAGUUAUAUCUUCAGUAUGUAUAUUUUUGGCACAGUGCUCAUUUAACAUAUCUUAAGAGCCUGAAAUGUCAGGAGGCAGGGGAGAAAGAGUUGAGUUUGGUUAAGCAGACAGAAUCAGAAAUGAUAAAAAGUAAAGGCUCCAGUGAGCUAGCUUUCUGCUUCUCUGUUGUUUUUAACCUGGCAUACGUAGUUUUAAUACUCAACAGCAAAUUGUCUCAAUAUAGUUGGCUGAUCUACAGACACAGUCUCUGGUCACUUGUCAUAGGGCUGAUUACCACCUCCACCCUGCCCCCCCACACCCCUGCUCUUAUUCUUGAAUGAGCCUUUCCCACUAAGUACUGAGGCACAAGUGCGUGUUGGCAUAGGAUGUAGUGACCCUCCUGGCCAUGUGUGGGCUACCACCUCCUACCUCCUCUUCCCUUUGGCUCCUGACCCAUCCCUAGCCCAUUCUCAUGUUCCUUGCAAAUUGCACUUUUUCUCUUCUCCCUCCCCACGUCAUUCUGCUUCUAUGCGCUUUGCAACUGCUGCUCUGGCAACUUCAGUUCUUGGCUUUCCAUCGCUCUUCCAUCCUCUAGCCUUGCCAUAUAUUUUGGAUGGUAUCAAAUAGAGUUCAUGCAGCCUAAACAUUGAAGUUGAAUUCCUUCCAUGUUGGAAUCACCUCUUUUGAGCUUAAAGAAGGGAGAGUUUGAAAUCUGUGCUUUCAUUUGAGCAGUGUUAAACUUGAAGUGUACACCUGUACAGAAGGAAAGUAUAUUUUUUCUCUUUCCCUUCUGAUACAUUAGCCUUGUGGAUAAUAGUUGAAAUUACUCUUUUUGUACCUACCUCUCCUCUUCAAUUCUUCCUGCAGCGGCAAUCAAUUAACUUCCAGUGGGAGAGAAUCUUGAGGGCUUCUUGGGCCAGUCAAGUGAAUCUUCCCAUAGUUUAGUUCUACUGAUGCUGAAGCGUUUCUUUGUGGUUCCUGGUAUGACAAUGGCUGUGUAUUUAUUUAAUUUAUAUUAACAAAAUAUUUAUUGUGGAUAUUUUGCAGCUGUUGAAGAAAAGGAAGGACUGGUUUCUAUGGGGAGUUUUGUUUUGUUUUGUUUCCAAAAUAGGAAACAAUCUCAGCAGCUGUAGAGCAUGUCGGGGCCUCAAGCCGUAGAGGCAAUUUUCCUGCUGGCUUGGGAAACUAAUUGCCUGUAAAUGUUCAUUUCUCACUCCUAGAACUUAAAACCAAAUGGAGAGGGGAUUAAUCCAAAUGCUACUUAUGAGAGAGAGGGGAAUCUUUUCUGUAUUGAGCUCUUAUUUGACAAAAUAAAUAUCUUCCAGCUUCACAUUGUUACAGGCUGCUUGUUAACAGGCUUGUGUUAGAAACAGUGGCAGACCCAACCCUUGAGAGUAAGCUGAGCUAGAUAGCAAGUGUUGCUUUGAUCAAAUGACUCCCAAAUGAACAAGCAGAUUGUACCCCAGGCCUCAGUCUCGUGGGAACUCUGAAAGAGCUUCCAAAUGGUCAGAUUCCUCCAGCUAGCUAGAAUAGUUAUUGGUUCUGACUGAUGAUUGUCAUCCAGAGAGACCCCAUUCAAGCUCUCUCUUCAUACCACUUGCUCAUUCUUCUUGGAGUACCACAAGGGAAGAAGGGAAUAAUGAGGGAAAGUGCUUCAAACUAUGUGGAGCCUUUUUUUUAGGCCAAAGAUUGUGGAAUGGUUACAUACGGACACAGAACAAAUGAUAGUAUUUUUAAAAUGGGAAACUUAAUUUUUUUCAUUCUGUUCCACUGCUCUAUGCAGAGGUGGGAAAAUCCUUGGCAAUGUUCCUUUAAUACUCCCUUGGUCUUGGGCAUUGCAUCAUUCUGUUAUUUGCAUCCCAUUCUUUUUUAGCAACAUUGGUUUAUUCUAAAUUAAAUGCUUUUGUCUCCUGUAUUAAUAAAAAAAGUCAAACCAUUUGUUAGUUUGCAUAAUUUCAUUCCUCAUAGGGCAGUGGGGGAGAAGGGGAAGGAUUAUCUCUUAAAUUUGUGGUACUGUUGCUUUUAUUGAUAGAGUAGCUGACAAUGUUAUCGACUCGGCACAGCAUUUGUGCUUUUAUUGGUAAAAUAACAAAUAGUCUUAUU